GGUCCACGGUGCCUUCCCAGGGAUGCCGGACACCUGUGAGCAUCCGAUGCGGGCCGGCGGGCCGGUGACUUUGAACGUAGGCGGGAAAUUCUACAGCACAACUUUUGAGACCCUGACGCGCUUCCCAGACUCCAUGCUGGGCGCCAUGUUCCGCGGGCCCCGCCCAGCCCUUACCGACAGCAGCGGCAACUACUUCAUCGACCGCGACGGCAAGACCUUCCGCCACAUCCUCAACUUCCUCCGCUUUGGCCGGCUGGACCUGCCGGAGGGCUACGCGGAGCUCUCCCUCUUGCGCGUGGAGGCCGACUUCUAUCAGAUCCGCCCGCUUCUGGAGGAGCUGCGCCGUGUGGAGGCCGAGCGCCGCCGCCAGCGGGCCAAUGCGGUGCUUCACGCCGAUGUGGACUUCCGUGAGCGGCUGCUGCACUUCAACGUGCGCUGCGGACCGCAGAAUUACGAACUCUGCACGUGCUCCCUUCACAUCUUCACGGCCAACGUCUUCUGCACCGACCCGUAUUUCCUUGCCGUGUUACGAAGGCGGUUGGGCCAACUGGAUCACACCAACGGAGAGCUCGAAGAAGGGCAUUCUGGGAGGUGGGCUGACCAGUCCACAGAACCGGAGCGCUUCCUCGGCCAGUUGGGUGACUCCGACGCUACCGUGAGAGAAACUCGAAAUGAUUUGAACUGGGACUCCAUCAAUGCCAAUAGAGAAUCGAGAAGCUGGAAAACGCCAGGGGAGGACUUCAGGACAAAGG